AUGCUGCAGAGGAUUACGCGGAACUUUGCAGCAGAGGGAAUUCGGAGAAGCAGAAGGUCGUUCGGGCAGCUGGGGAGGCUGCACGAGCUGAGGCUCCACGCCUGCUACGGACUCGAGCUGCCCGCGUUUUUUGCAAAUCUCUCCUCACUGAAAACCCUAGCCAUCUAUGGGGGAACGUCGCUCAUCUCCCUGCCGCCCAAUUUCGAGCAGCUCCCGCAGCUCCGCUGCCUGGAGCUCUUCAACUGCGCCAUGCCGAGCCUGCCAGAGAGGUUCGGGCAGCUGCCAAAGCUGGAGGCUCUCAUGGUGGGGAGCAGGGAGAGUUACACAAGGGACGGCGCGGAUCAAGGGCAGCCCUCCUCAUCUGCUUGCCCUGCGGCGCUCUCAGCGGCCAGACUGAAUGAGCCGCUGAUGGGGCGCUGCCUGCUGCGCAGCUUGCCCCCGUCCGUCUCUUCCCUCACGGGCCUGCAGCAGCUGGUGAUGGACGGGUGUGACGCGCUAGAGAGCUUGCCAGAGGGGUUGGGACGGCUGGCUGGGCUGCAAGUGCUGCACGUCAAGAACUGUGCACAGCUAAGCUGCUUCCCCUCCCUCCUGCCCGCUCCUCCUCCCACCACCUCCACCUCUGCGCCUGGGGGGCGUUCAUCCGCCGCUGCCCCUGCUGCCUCUGCUGCCCCUGCUGCCCCUGCUGCUUCUGCUGCCGCUGGGCCUGCUCCUCAUUCUCGGACUCGUCCCUUAGCGCGCCCUGCUGCUUGCUCCACUCCGCUCCCAAUGCUUCACAGCCUGGAGAUCUCCAACUGCCCGACUCUAACAAGCCUUCCACGCGGCCUCGAUGCUCUGCCGCGGCUGGAGCAAUUCACCCUGGAAAAGUGCGACCAGCUGGAAUUUGCGGAUGACUUCUUAGAAUGCCCCUCCUCCACCUCACUUGCUGCACCCAUCGCCCUCCCCCCCUCCGUCACCUCUGUCUCUCUGCUUGACGUCUUCCCAGAAGCGUGCUACCUGCCGGACUCAUUCCUCACCCUCUCACGCCUCACCCAUCUCAGCCUGCACGAGCUCGUCUCUCUCGACGCACUCUUCGCCCCGGCUGCUACUGGCCUCGGCAUGCCAGGCACCCGAACUCAUCCACUUCUCGGCUUCUCGCUUGAUCCUCGACCUGGUCAGCCAGCCAGAUUGGCGCUGCUCUCGUCGCUGCAGCACCUCGCAAUCGUGGAAUCCACCCUGCCAUCGCUGCCUAGCAACCUCAACGACCUCUCAAGCCUCAAGGUGCUCAUUCUCGAAAAAUGUCGCUACAUGCCCUCCCUCCCCGCGUCCCUACCCCACCUUUCCAACCUUGAAAAACUCGUCCUGAAAACCCUCCCGCGCCUGGCGCGCCUGCCCAAGAAUCUCGGGCAGCUGAAGGCCCUGAAGGAGCUCACGGUGGAGUCGUGUGACGCGCUGGUGGGGCUGCCCGCGUCCAUGGGCCUGCUCUCCUCCCUCGUCCCCCUCUCCGUCACCGACUGCAACAAGUUCGCCUCUCUCCCCACCUCCAUCGGCUCCCUCCCCCGCCUCGCCUCCCUCAAGCUCAACUGUCUCCCCCGCCUGCGCCGCCUGCCUGACACUCUCUCCCUCCUCCCUGCCCUCAUGAUCCUCUCACUGGAAGACUAUGAGCAGCUGCAAGCGCUGCCGGAGGGGCUGGCGGGUGUGGGCAGGUUGAGGGAGGUGAAUGUGGCGGGGUGCUGCAAGCUCAAGCAUGUGCCCCAAUCGCUGCUGGCGAGGCAGCACGUUAUCGACCUGCAGGGCCUUCGGUAA